AUGCCCUACAUAUGUAAACAAUUUUGCAAAGGUUUCAUUCAACAACCAAGCCUUAAAAAUUACCAGAGAGUUUAUACUGGAGAGAAACCCUACAAAUUUAAAGUGUGUGACAUGAGUUUUAAUAGAAACUCAAGUCUUGAUUGCCACAACAGGAUUCAUACUGGAGAGAAGCCCUACAAAUGUAAUGUGUGUGGCAAGAGUUUUAGUGAAAAAUCAUCACUUACUCAGCACCAGCGAAUCCACACUGGAGAGAAGCCCUACAAAUGUAAAGAGUGUGGCAAAAGUUUUAAUAGCAUCUCACAGCAUAAUUGUCACAAAAGAAUUCAUACUGGAGAGAAGCCCUACAAAUGUAAAGUGUGUGGCAAGAGUUUUAAUCAUACAUUAUCACUCACUCACCAGCAGUGAAUUCGCACUGGAGAGAAGCCCUACAGCUGUGAAGAAUAUGGCAAAGCUUUUAAUAGCUUCUUAAAGCGUAAGUGGCACAAAAGUAUUCAUACUGGAGAGAAGCCCUACAAAUGUAAAGUGUGUGGCAAUAGUUUUAAUACAAACUCACAUCUCCAUUACCACAACAGGAUUUAUACUCGAGAGAAGUGUUACAAUUAUACAGUGUGUGGCAAGAGUUUCAGUUCAAAAUCAUCACUUACUUAGCACCAGAGAAUCCACAUUGGAGAGAAGCCCUACAAACGUAAAGUGUGUGGUAAAGGUUUCCGUCAAAAAUCAUCACUUACUCACCACCAGCGAAUUCAUACUGGAGAGAAGCCCUACAAAUGUAAAGUGUGUGACAAAAGUAUUAAUACAAACUCAAAGCUCAAUCGCCACAAUAGGAUUCAUACUGGAGAGAAGCCCUAGAAAUGUAGAGAAUGUGGCAAAAAUUUCGAUUACACAGAAUCACUUACUCAGCACCAGAAAAUCCAUACUAGAGAGAAGUCCUAUAGAUAUGAAGAAUGUGCAGAGUAUUCAGCUGAUACUACGGAUGCGCACCUGGGCAGGAUGUCUCUGGUUUUUGAAGGAGGCAGGAUCCCAUUGCCUGGAAUCCAGGGGACUGUCAGGAACCAGGGUGGCCUUGAUAUGUUCCGAGGUUCCAGGACUCCUGCAGUUGGACUCCAGGCUUUGCUUCGUGCCGGGGAUCCCCGGUGGCCCUACCAUUCAGAGGCUGAAGCUCUCCAGGGCAGGCUUGGCUGCUGGGCACCAGGAGAUGCAUCCUGGGCAGCCCCAGAUGGCCCUGGGGAGAGUCCGGGCGUGUCCCGGACUCAAACUGCAUCCCGGCACAGGUUUGGAUUUGGGCUCUCACAGUGGCGUCCUGCUCCCCCAGUGGGGGGGCAGGGAAGAACCAGCUGCCGCAGCUUGGAAACUCCUUACUGCACCAUGAUUCGCCGCACCGAUUCACGCACACUCCCUUAA